AUGGCCUGGCGUGAAAAAGCCACAAAAGACACAAAGUCUGCUCAAGCGAUUUUGGAGACUUCGAUGCGCAACCAGUGGGUAUUUUUGGCAGAAUACAAGACAGUACAGAAGCGAAUGUUCGAGAUCCAACAAGGACUGCGGCCAGGCUCGGACCUCGUGAUUCUAGACGACGAAUUCUCGCCUGCUUCGAGCCAGAUUUGGGAAUUUGCCAUGAUUGAGAAGGUGUCUGGCAAAGUUCUAGUCAAUACCUGCGUUGAACACGAGAAGGGCAUUGACCAUGGGGCCGAAAAUCCUUUUCUACGACACUUGAGUUACAGGAAAGCAGCCAAUGUCUUUUCUACCUCUCGACUCCCCAUGAUUCCUCGCUUGAAUGCGGAUCAGGUCGCGUCUCAACUUCGAGCAGUGGGUAUCACACCAAAUACGAUCAUCCUUGUAUAG